AUGUUUAAUUUCCAUGAUGCUCACGCAACAAUGCCGCUUGGAGCGGCUAAAUUACUUCAUGAAAGGCGCCACAAAUUAAAGGGAACUGUAAAACUUGUGUUCCAACCAGCUGAAGAGGGAAAAGCUGGGGCAUUUCAUGUAUUAAAAGAAGGUGCACUCGAUAACGUGCAAGGUUUUCUGGGACUUCAUGUUUCGCCACAUAUUCCAGCUGCAACCAUUGCUUCUCGUCCUGCUCCAAUGCUAGCUAGUUCUGGGAGGUUUCUAGUCACAAUUCGAGCCAAAGGUGGACAUGCUGCGUUUCCUCAUCUCAAUAAAGAUCCAGUUUUAGCAGCAUCUAUGGCUAUAAUUGUACUUCAACAAAUUAUUCAACGAGAAACAGACCCUUUACAACCUAAGCUAGGGUUUGUUGAGCGUAACCAUACAGGCAACCUAAUCCCGGAGAAGGUUGAAUUUGGAGGAACAUUUCGGAGCUUCACUGCACAAGAACAAUCCUACAUUCAGAAGAGAAUUAGAGAGGUUAUAGAGAUGCAAGCAGUGGUUUAUGGAUGCAGUGGCACAGUAGAUUUCAUGGAGGACAGAAUGAUGCCUUACCCUCCAACUGUAAAUGACGAAGCAUUAUAUGAACACAAUAAAAGGGUGGGAGAAGCUCUACUUGGGAGAAGCUCUACUUGGGAAGCACAAUGUGAAGUUUUCUCCGUUUAUAUUGCAGCAGAAGACUUUAGCUUUUACACCCAGAAAAUGGCGGCGUCUUUUUUCGUAAUUGGAAUAUACAAUGAGACGAUGAAUUCAGGGACACAAACGCACUCGCCGUACUUUGUUCUUGAUGAGGAGGUUCUUCCCAUUGGAGCUGCUUUUUAUGCAGCUGUUGCUAUCUCUUAUUUCGAUAGCCAACUUCCCUUACUGAAUAAAAUGAUUCCAGAAGUGAAUUUUACAUCUACAUGA